GACGAUUAUCGGGUAUCUGUGUAUCGUCGCCCACCAGAACGGUUUUUCCAGGUCCCACCGCAGCUUUGCCCGUGACAGAGAUGCCGAAAUUAAUGCCUCUUCUGGAACCAAGUAUGCAGACAAUACAGAAUGUAUCACGACGUGGUUCCACCAUGCUGCCAUCCGAUAUCCGCCGAUCCUCCAUCCAUGAUAUGUCACUCUCUUCUGCUCCUUCCAGUCGUAGAGAAUCCAUUGCCACCGAAUUGGAUUUCUCAUCUCGAUCAACCUCCCCGUUAUCCUUCCAUCGGGAAUCCAAAUCCGGUAAACCUAUUAUGGAUGAUGCUGGUCUCCAAACGACAAGAAAAGAAGAAGUACAGCAGUAUCCGUUAUCGAACGGGCCGACCUUACCAUCCUGUAUAAUGGGUGAAGAUGGACUUGAAGCGUAUAAAAGACGACAUUCCAUUGCCACAGCAGAGCCUGGCGUACACACAAGACGGCCCAGAGUAUUGAGCAUGCCAAGGAAUCGAGCGUAUCAUUCCUCCAAUACCAUGAAUGAUAUUCCUGAUCAGCAAUCCUAUUCCGCACCUUCCAGUCCAUCUCGACGAGCAAAAGUGUUGCGGCCACCUGCAUCUACCAUCCCAGGCUAUCCACCUAUACAACGUCUUUCUGAAACCGUAGACAUGUCGACAGAAUCUUUCGGCCUGCCAAGUUACGGGGUUCAACCUCCAUCGCAUCAUCCCUACGCCAAAGCGCUCGCUCAUCGACGAACUUCAUUGUUAAUGCAGGAAGCGGAGAUAGAACCCGAUGUGAGUCGACGCGCGUCUAUGCCAAUGACAUCGCUGAAUACUGCCACAGAUCCUACCAACGGCCACCCAAUGCAUCAAUACGCUCGACCUCCCACCGAUCUAACCUCCUUUGCUCCGGCCCACCAUGGAUCAUCCAGUGGAAACAAACAGCAUCCAAGAGAUGUUAGCGUGCCACGGUCAUCAGAAAUCAUGUAUUCCAGGACACCCGAACUACGCGUGAGUCAUAAACUGGCGGAGCGGAAGCGUCGAAAAGAGAUGAAGGAAUUAUUCGAUGAGUUGCGAGAUAUUCUACCCGUGGAGAGAAGUCUAAAGACAAGCAAAUGGGAGAUUUUGAGCAGAUCCAUCGAAUAUGUUUCCGCCUUGAAGCAACGGGAUCGUUGCGCAGAGAACGAAGUCGCCGCUCUUCGACAACUCGUCGCUCAGAAGCGAGAUCAACAGUAAAGAAGCUCGACCCAGUGUGACGGUGAUCCAAUGAUUUCCCAACCCCAGUCGACGAUGGGUAACGACCUUUGAACCGUUGUCUUUAUUUUUGGUUUUAUCCCUAUUCCUUGGUUGAC